AUGUCAGCCCCCAUUGGGGAAAACAGGGUAGAAAAUGAGAUCAUGGAUAUCAUAAAUUCUGAAUUCUCUGAAGAUGUCAAAAGUUUAAGCAAAGUCAGAGAAGUUCGCGAAAAGUUGAGGCAUACAAAAGAAUUAUUGGAAUCGCAGAUUUCCCUUAAAAGCUCUGAAGUUCCCAGCAAGAUCAGGACUGCUGUUAAGGAUGCUGAAGAGGCCAGAAACAGAAUUGCUUCACUUUCUGCUGAGCAGGAACAAGUGAGGGAUGCAAUCCUGGAACACAACCGCCAGGUUGAACCCAUCAUAUUCAGGGUAUCACAACUGACUACACAAGUUGAGGAACUAGAAAAAUAUGCAAAAUAUCUACAAUGGAUUGUAAAAAUAGAAGAGUUGAGCUCUGAAAUUCAAACAGCCCUUAUAAUAGAGAAUGUCGACCAAUCCAUAGCACAGUUUGCAGAGAUGGGAAGAUUAGUUCAGUAUCUUCAAAGUUCCAGCUGCCAAAACCUUGUCAAGUUUUCACAAAAUACAUUGCUUUUCUGGUACAAAAUUUUUAGGGACCGACUUUCUGGUGAAUUUGAUGAAGUUCUGAAGGCCCUAGGGUGGCCUUUCAUUGCUGCCAUUGUGAAACUGAAAGACAAGGAGACAGAGGUUCAAAAUGCCAGUGGGAAGUUCAAAACCUUGUGUAGGCAGCUACUGCUCCUUCGAUUACCUGAAGGAUUACACCCUGAGAAUCAGGGCUUGCAGCAGCAUCCAGUGCUGAGAUCUUUGCCAGGGUGGAGACCCAUACCUCUACCAAUACAGCUUCUUCUGAAACCUCUAAGGAAGAGGUUCAGAUUUCAUUUCUAUGGGAACAAGCAGACAAAUAGUCUAGAUAAGCCUGAGUGGUACCUUACCCAGGUUCUUGGCUGGCUUCGAGAUCACAAUGAAUUUCUCAGAGUCAACGUUCAGCCUGUUAUUAAGAAAGAGGGCCUUGAUUCAAUGGAUUCCAGGGCUGAGUUUGCCAGAGGAUUAGUUCUACUGGUUCUGGAGAAGAUGGUGGUCGACAUUCCAGAGUUGAUGUUUGAUGAACAGCAGUUCUCUCAUUUCAUAGAUGAAGUUCUGAGUUUUGACAAAGAGUUACGGAAUAGUUUUGGCUAUCCUAACAGUGAGCCAGGCUGCCUGCAUGUGCUGUGCCAUGAUGAACCCUUCCAGAAGUGGAUUGCAAUCGAGAAGAAGUUUGCCAUGGAGAAGGUAGAUGCAGUAUUGACGUCCCCUACUGCCUGGGAGGCUCAGUACAGUGCAGACGUGGACGACAUGAAAACUCCGGAAUCAGCCGAGGCCUUCCUGACUCUUGUACUCACUAUAACAGAUCGUUACAAGCCCCUUCCUUACCCCACGUGCAAACUGAGGUUUCUGGAUUUGGAGCUUGAACUCCUCGACGACUUCAGGAUACGUCUGCUGCAGAUUAAACGAGAACAAGAAAACACAGGAAAUCCUCUGGAUAAGUGUUACUGUGCAAUAUUAAAUGCUGUCAACUACAUUAUAGAGGUGCUUAAGGAGUGGAGUGAGUUGCUGUUUUUCCUGCAGUUGCAGUACUUCAGGUUGGAAAGUCAGAGUACAGAGGCUAUAGAGGGAGAUGUGCCCAUGUCACCAGCGGCACUGGGUGACGACGUUGACACUUCAAGAGCGGAAGACAUGGGAGAACUGUCCACCAGCAACUUUCAGAUGCCAGACACCUUUGAUGAAAGCAAACUAGAGGACCUGACGGGCUCUGUGUUUGACAGACUUAUUGAGUAUUUUGAGAUAACCAAGAAUGAGAUGUUGAAGAUCAUUCUCAAAUAUGUCAGUGAUGAUGUCAAAGCUAGGAGCAGACCGUACAGGAAGGACAGAUGGCUGUCUCUGCCCUCCCUGAAGGAGUUUACGUCCCCCACCCUGUCGCCAUCUGCAUGUGAAAUGUUCUUAGUGUUAAAAGAACAUCUUCAUAGUGUUGAAAAGCUGCUCAGUAAACCUUUAUUUAAUCUGUUUUGGAAGAAGCUAGCCGAGGAACUGGACCAGUAUCUGUAUGAUAAGCCUGCUGCUGAGUAUGUGGUAGUUGACAGUGAGAGUAACAUCCAGGUGCAGAACAUCGAGGUGGUCGGCACAGCCCAGGAUAACACCACACAGUAUGUCAUCUUGAACCAACCAGACGGGAACACCAUCGCCGUCGCCACCUCUGACCCAACCUCAAUCCUGGACAGUCUCUCCAGCAUGGCCUCCAUGUCAACCACGCCGACAAUGACUACGGUCACUGCAUCAGGACAGGUGCCGGGGCUGACCUCUGAUGAUGUUACCAUAGUAACACACAGCGAGGAGCUGCCUGAUGAUGUGCUGGAGGGACUUGUGGGGACAUCUGGUGGCGAGGUGACUCAGGUUGUGCAAGGACUUGAGACGCAUCCUGUGAAUAUUGAUGAUGCAGUGGUUGGCCUUGUGGAUUCCUGA